AGUGUACACAAGUCAAGCAAGUCAAUACGAUAAAAAAAUAUUGCAAAAAAAAAAAAAUAAAAAUAUAUAUAAAUGUUGACCGUUUGUUGAUCAAAUAAAGUGACUGUAUUAAAAAUGGGUGUCAGAGGAUUGACAACAUACAUUGAAAAAACUCCACACUAUUAUUAUAAUAAAUUUUAUUUGCAAAAUACAAAGCUGGUUAUUGAUGGCUGGAACCUUAGCUUUCAGAUUUAUCGUAAUUUUUCACAAUGCAAUUGUUCUUUUGGUGGUGAUUAUCAUCAAUAUGCAAAAAGCGUUGAAUCGUUUUUUGAAGAAUUAAAAAAGUGUAAUGUCAUACCAAUUGUCAUACUUGAUGGGGGUUGGGAAGAUAAAAAAAAAAAAACUAUUUAUUUAAGAGCCAUAGAGAAGCUAGGCCAUGCUUCAAACUGGAAACCAAAAUCGCAGUAUAAUGAUAAAUAUCUACCUGCUCAGUGGUGUUAUGUAUUUAGAAAUGUCAUGAAAAAAAUGAAUAUAAAAUUUUUCAUGUGUCCAUUUGAGGCAGAUGAUAUUAUUGUUGCUCUUGCAAGAGUUUAUGAGUGUCCAGUUUUAAGUUACGACUCAGAUUUUUAUAUUAGUAAAGCAAUGUAUAUUCCUUUCAAUACUUUGGAGGCUAUGAGUAAAAAUGAGUAUGGUUACAUGAAAAAAUGCCAGAUUUAUAAAGUUGAAACAUUAUUAAAACAAUUCGAGGGUCUUGAUGUUUCUUUAUUGCCACUUGCAUCGGUUCUAAUUGGAAAUGACUACGUAGAAGCAAAUACUUUUGAUAAUUUGGUCAAUAAAAUACAACAAUUUAAAAAGCCGCAACCAAAGAUUGCCUUAAUAUUGAAUUGGCUUAAAAAUUAUUCGCUUCAUACAGCUGUUGGUAUUAUUAUUAAUAGUAUUCCAAAAAAACAACAAGAUAAAAUGAUAAAUUUGAUUGAGAAUAUUAUCAACAGCAGCAAUUCAUCUUUACCAAAAUAUAUGCUGGGACAACUUGGAUUGACUCGUCGAGAUAUUCUGGUUAGCCAGGCCAAUCAAUUGAAUGUCUUCAAAUUUGACAAGAAUAAAUUUUUUCUUGACACUAAUCCUAAUACAAGAUUACAAUGUGAUGAAAUAAACGACCAAAAUGAUUAUUAUUUUAGUAAAGAUGGAAGUAAUGACAAUGAUAAGCCUGAGACUUCACUAGACUUGAUUCCUGAAGAAUUCGUAGAAAGUAUGCCUAGAUGGUUUAUGUAUGAAUAUUUUACUGGUAAUUUUCCAAGUUCUUUUAUCAACAUGAUAACACAUCAAACCUAUAUGGAACAAACUCAGAUUGAAAAUUUUUCAUCUCCAUCAUCAGGAGAAAUAAGUAUACCAAUUGUUAAAGCUAUUUUUAGUUUACUCAUUCCAAAAAAUAAAAGUGAAAGUACAUUGGAACUUAUGAUUCGAAAAAAAUGUGAUAUUUUACCACGGUUAAUUAAUGUUAAACGAUCUACUAUUGCUUUUGAAGAAUUAAGAGAAGUUGAUAUAUCAAAAAGAAAAGAAUUUAUUGAUAAAAUUUUGGGUAUUAAUAAAAUUGACAAACUGGAUGAAAUGCCAAAAGCUUGGCAAUUAUAUAUUGCAGCUAUUCUUUUUUGGAUGAGACAACAAGUUGUUCCAACGAGAACAACAAAGCAAUUAACUUGUCUUAUAUUAUCAAUGUUAAUUGGAAUAAUAGAUCAACACAUGGAACCUCGUAAAUCAGAAUUGAGAUUAGAAAAAAUUAGUAGUGAAAUUGAAAAAAUUAUAACUCUUACAACAACACAAAAAACAAAUACAAACUUGGAUAGUAAAUAUAUGACUGUCUCGGAAGCUUUGGAGUUGGUUACUCAGCAUGAUUGUAUUGUUGCAUCACAAUAUUUUAUGGAUAAUUUUAAAAUGGAUGAUAAACUUAUUUUAAAUCAAAGAAAAUUUGAUAUUGAAGUUGUUCAUGCAUUUGCUCAAUUUCAAAGUUGUCUUAAACACACUGUGAAUCUCAAUGCUCUUCUUGGUAAUCCAUAUACUACUGUAUGUCCAAGUAAAUUUUUUCAUGGUACAUUACUUUAUAAUGUACAUCAUAGUUUAAAAGCACAAGCUGAUGUUGUUACAUACAUUCAGGAAAAACUGGAAUAUUCUCCAGGCCUGUUCAAAGUAUUCAAACUACUGCACCAAAAAAUAUUUACUGCUUUAAAUAUUAAAAUACCAAAAAAAAAAUCACGUGUUUCAAAGCUUUCAGUAACUGAAACAUCAACAAAGAAGUCAUCCAUUCCAAAGCUGUCGAGCUGUACAAGAAAACAAUCUAAAUAUUUUGUUGACAUUGAUUAUGAUGGUAUAUAUGAUGAUGAAGAAAUUUAUGAUGAUAAUGAUGAAUAA